AUGGCAGAUAAUUCGGAAAUAAAGAUCGUUGUUAUAGGAGACACCAACGUGGGAAAGACUUGUCUCUUAGUCACGUACACAACAAACAGUUUUCCCGACACUUACGUCCCGACAGUUUUCGAUAAUUACACAGCCCCAAUUGCAGUCGAUGGGAAAACGUUCCAAAUAAAUCUUUGGGACACAUCCGGAAAUGACGACUUGGACCAGACUCGCCCCCUCUCUUAUGUUAGCACCGACUGUUUCAUGAUAUGCUUUUCCGUCGACGACUCGGACUCUUUCGCAAGAAUUAAGACAAAGUGGGUGCCUGAGGUCGUUGACAACUGUGGCGUCGAAAAGCCUAACAUCGUCUUAGUCGGUCUCAAGAGUGAUAUUAGACUCAGUCAAAAUAGUAUCGCCAUCCUGAAAAAACAAGGCAGAGAGCUUGUCAAAAAAGAGUCCGUCGAGGUACUUGCCAAAGAAGUGAAUGCAAAAGCGUGGAAAGAGUGCUCGGCCCUCACCCAAGUUGGCCUUAAAGAAGUGUUCGAAACAAUAGCAAGAGUCUCUGUUGGACUCAUGGACGCAGAGGUCACAGAAACCAACGAAACGAAAGAGUCCAAAAAAGGAUUCUUUAAGAAAUUGCUUGGGAAAAAGAAGAGCAAAAAAUAA